AUGGAGGAAAUGAGCAGCAGUUCGAGCGAGUCAGACAUUACAGUUGACAGGAACCCUUCAUCGAUCUUCAAUACCGAGUCCAAAAUGCACCAAACAGCAGGCAGUCCAGUCCAAUUAUCGUCAUUGCGUCUUGCGGCCAAUGGACAUGCUGCGUAUUCCCGACAUUCGCUUGCUUCCAGGUCAGUUUCGCCGGCACAUACCGGGCGAGAUCUGGUGUGUCUGGCAAAUUCUGGGUUCGAAGGAACUUUAGAGUCGUUGAAUAAGCUCGAGAUUACCGAGAACUCGCCCCAGCGAGCAGGAUCGGAGUCGCUCAACACUUCGCCAUGGAGGCAGUUUCGUCCCGCAAACCUACCGUCUCUCCAAGGUUCUAUGUUGAACGUUCCGAGUCUACGCCCCACGGUGGGCACGAUCUCUAGAGAGGAUGAACUUAACAAGAAGGUGAUCAACUACAAAAUACAGCUCAAACUCAUGAAGAAUUUCUUGCAAGAGCUCAUCGACAAGCACGAGUUUAACGUUAGUGACUUGCAAAGAGCCGCCAUUUUCGCCAACCUAAGCUCCUCCUCUGCUGCCGAGAGUAAGCUCAAGGGUCUUCAAAAGGAGUAUGAUGAAAUUUUCGUAUUGAACCAGGAUUUGUAUUCCAACUUGGAGGUGUUUCAAGAUAAACUUGCAACCCAGGAGGAGAGGUUGCGGAAAUUGGAGCUGAUUCUCAACAAUGUGGCAGACGGCAUAAGUGAGGCCUUCACUCUUUUCGGGGAAGAAGAAACAAAAGAAGAAGUGAAAGUGGAAGUGGAAGAUGUGGACAGGACUGUACUGGCCGAUUUGAGGAUGAGAAAACUUGUCGACCUCAUGCGGCGACGCUUGAAGUGCACCGAGACGGCUCUGCUGAAGCUGCCGACUCGUGAAGAAAAUCGAGUAGAUUCAAGCGUAUCGAGUGUCACGCUCGCCAAGCCGGACUUGGAAGACGAGGUUGACCGACUUCAACACGAAUUGGACUUGCAAAUUCAGCAUUGUCGAGAUUUAGAAGACGAGAUUGGGAAAAUUCAACGAGAAUCCCAGGAAACCAAGCGGCGGUCGGACGCUGAACGACGAGAAAACGCAAAAAAGAUUGAUGAGUAUGAAAUGAGAGUCCACGAAAUUGAAAAGCAAUUGACUGAAGAAGCGGCCAAUGUUUCGAAAUCGAAGAUAAUCACCAGCAGCGUGAGGACACUCGAGCCGAAUCUCAUGGCGGAGUACCUUGAACUACAGAAUGCCUAUAGCGAGCGAGUAGAGGAGCUAAGCCAGGCACAUGAGGCAUAUGAGGCAUUGGAGCACCAAGCUGACUCCGAGAUCAAGGAAUUGAGCGAAAAACUACAGCAGCUGCUGAUGGAAUCAAAGUCAUAUCUCGAGCAAAUAGAAACGUUGAAAAUUGAACUUCAGACAGGCAAGGAUAAGCAAAGACAACUAGACACUGAGCAUAUACAGACGACAUAUGCAAACGAGUCCUUGAAGAAGGAGAACCAAAACUUGCACGACAAAAUACAAAGACUCACCGAGUUUAUGUCCUACGGUCCAAACGACAAACGCCCGUCUCCUGAUACGGUGAAAAAGCUCUCGCUCAUUGAGUACCAGCUAAAAGACUUGAUCUCGUUCGACUUGUCACAAUUCCAGAGGCUCAUCCAGUCUUACAACAAGAUUGCUGAUGACAAGUCGCUAAUGGACCCGACUCAGAAAUACGAGAAAAUGAUCAAAAAACUUCGCAACUUUGAGGAAGGCGAACUAACCUACAUUCGAGAAAAACACAAAUCUGUUUUUGAAUACUUUAGCAGAGCCACGGAUAUCUUGAUCAACGACCACGUGAGGCUCCUCCUAAAAGACGACGCGGCCGACGUUUCGAUGCAGAAGAAAAUGGACAAGUUGAGCCAGCUGAAUGCUGCUUUGCAGCAGGAGCUCGAUGCCAUGCGCGAGUCUCAAAGCCAGGAAAGUAGCGAAAUUUCUUCCAUAACCGCGUUGAGGAUGAACGAUCUCCGCAAGAAAUGGAAAGCGGAACGAGAGCGGCGCGUUCUCGAAGAUCGGGAAUCGCACAAGAGGUUCACCGAGAUGGAGGAAGAGAUCUCCCGGUUGAAACACCUUCUUGGUGGAGCUUAA